UCUUUAUACGGUUAUAACGUGAGAGUUAGACUACGGAAAGAUCCAAUGUUUAAGGAUUAUUUCGCUGUUUUGUGGGGAGUAAUGAGAUCUGCACAUCAGGUGAAUGGUCUACUGAUUCUUUGUGUGAAGCCAUUUUUCGAGUUCACUUUAGCGCUAUCCUAUCACAUUUGAAGAAAAAGACGAACAUAUAUAACUACUAAAAAUGGCACAUCAGAUAUGCUUGCAUUGGUUAGGAAAACAGAAGAAUGUAUGGAGAUUACUAUGGAUCGUGGAACCAAACUCAACUCUCAUGACAUCCUGUUUUAAACCAAGUUUUAACCUUCACAACUUUGGUAGAAAAUCACUUACUCAUCACAAGUGUAUUCUUGCAAGAUUAUCCCACAGCAGUGUGAGACAUUAUGCUCAGUUACCUGCCCAGCAAGGCUUAUUCCAUGUAAAAAUGCCUGACCUAGAUGAAGGCAAAAGUUCCUCCAAAUCUGUUGCGGAAAACACUUAUUUUGGUAAACCAAAUGUAAAAGAGAGUGAAGUGCAAUAUCUAUAUAACAAGGAAAUGAUUAGUGCCAGCCAGUAUAUGCAAAGAGAGAGGGAAAAGUUGAUGUCUGAACCAAGGUCGCAUAUGGAGUCGUUUCAUUCCAAGUACACCCCGAGAUUGUUCUACCUCGAGAGAGAGCAGUAUAAGUCAACAGCAGUGUGCCUGCCAAGGGAAGAUCUUGCAUCAGUUGAUAUGUCUCACAAGGAAUUCCUUGACAAAAUCAUGGUGGAUAAACAUGCUCGCUUUCCUAUUUCUGAUAUCAUGGAUUGUAUCAAGUCACUAGGUUUGAAUUCUGAUGAAUGGCUGAUAGAUAUGAAUAAUGAUGUGAGAUUUCUUAGACUCUGCAUCAUUAUCAAAGCUGUUUGUAACACCAUGACGACAGAUGAGCUAGCAGAAGUUUUAACUCUUCUAGCUCGUGCACAGAUUAGGACAAGAAAUUAUGUUCUUCCAACCCUGUAUCAGGAGUGUUGCAACAGGGUAGGAAGCAUGGAUCUCAGGACACGGCUCCUUGUCUUGGACUCUUGGAGAAUGAUUGGGUAUCCUGUGCCACGUUUUUGUGAGGAAGCUUUUGCUGCUUGCAGGGUCGAAGUGCCAAAGAUGAAUACUGCCGAACUACUUCAACUUAUUUACCUGAUCGGAGAGAAUCGUGGAGCACCUGAUGGACUUGAAGAAAGUCUUGUCAAGCAAUUACCAGACCACUUGACUUCUCUGUCUCUCACAGAACUUGGGACAGUUUGUACAGGUCUUUUCAAGUCCCAUUCUUCUCCUCAAACAUCAGACCUGAUGCUUGAGAUCUCGGACCAUGUGUGCAGCAGUGAUAUCCAGAGUGUACAUAGUUUUUUCAUAGUGGGUAUCCUCAAGCACUUCAGGAGGCAAUACGCAGGCUACCAGCAUUUCUUCCAGUAUGUGGCAAAUGCUGUAGCUCCUUUCCUGCACCUUUACCCUCUCAUGUCCUGCAUGCAAAUCUUACUGACCUAUGCAACCAUGCACAUCUGCCAUCCUCAACUCUGUGACAAUUUGGCAAAUGAGAUUACACAUCGGGCCGAUGAAUGGCGGUCGAAGGAUGCAACCAAAAUCCUCUGGUCUUUUGGAACUCUGCAGUAUCUACCAGACAAGCCAUACUUCUUGCCAACAGUCUUGGAGCAGCUGGUUGACCUACAGGGCGAGAUGGAGGAAUAUCCUCUAAACCUGGUCUCCAGUCUCUUGUCCUUGGCAUAUCUUCAGCGUUAUCCUUGGGAACUUAUCAACAGAUUGUUCAGCAAAGAAUUCUUGCAGACAGUCACUGCAUUUAUGGACAAAACAGGUGUUGACUUGAGGAGGGACAUGCUUCUUCUAGACAGAUCUUUGGAGAUCGAAUGUCCACAGUACAAUGGGAACAGGCUUGAUGAGUCCAUCAUGUUAAGAUCUGAGAUUCACUCUAGCAUAGCACCGACCGUCGGUCAGCAGAUGGCUAAUAGACCCGAUGUACGCUUCAUUGCUGGACUGGUCAGAGCUGCUGUGGGAAGGAAGGAAAACUAUAAGAUCCAUUCUAUUCUACCUCAUUUCAACACCUUGGAUAUUGAGGUUCGUCUCAAUGAGCACAACCAGCUGAUCCCCUUUGAACCCAGUGAUCCCCUUCCUGGUGCCUUCAGCCAGGGUGGUGAUGAUGACUCCAAUAGCAUGUUCAAUAACAGGAAGCUAUCUCCAGACCAGAAGUGCAAGAAUGCUGUUGCGCUUUCAUCCAAUCUGAUUGCUAACAUGACGAAAGUGACGAAAGGGAGCGAUGCCCCCGAGGAUCCCAGUGCGACCGGAGUUGAUACCCCGCCAGAAUUGAAAAAUGUUCAAGAAAGACCAAGAAGGGUUAAAGAUAAGAGGAGAAAUGUGAAGCGGAUUCUGCAGAAACCUGUUCCAGCCCCCAGCCAAUCAAAAGAAAAAUGGCUCGCCAUUGUUGUCUGGGCUAGGAACCAUAGUCAUUAUGGAGGACACAAGCUCUUGGGUCAGCAUGCUAUGAAGAGAAGACAGCUAGAACUGCUCGGUUACCAAGUUCUUGAUGUUCCAUUCCAGGAGUGGUCUCAGAUGAUGAAGAACAGGGAUCAACAGGAGAAUAUCAAACACAUCAAGAGGAAAAUAUUCAACAAUUCACACUCAUCUCUAUGAACGAUUCUGAAAAUUCGGAGCUAAGAAGUUAUUUUUGGAGUGUUUUCAUAAACUUGCCAUAAGUGUUCCUAACCAUGCCAAAAGGAUGCUUGGACCUUACCUGUGCAUUUUACAAAAAUAGAAACAUUAUAUUUAUAUGAAGCUUAAAGCUUCUAAAAAAUAAAUUUAAUCAUCACGAACCAUUAUAAAAUGGUAAUUAUGGAGUUUGUAUAAGUGGGCCAACAUGACAUUAAUGCGAGAGAUGAUUGCAUCAUGCAAGCAGCUUGCAAUGUCACAAGUUUAAACUUAAAUCCAUUGAUAGAUUUUCACCAAACCUCAGAGUGUUGUUAGUAUUGAGAGCAUGAUGCAGUAUCUGCAGAUCUUGUAAACUGAAUGAGUUUGUAAAAAUGACAUCAUUAUUGAGAGA